AUGAUGGUGAAGCCGCCAUCGUCUAAGCAAGAGUGGGACGGAGGAGCCGCGUUCGCCGUCACUGAUUCGUUAUAUUUUGGUAACGAAAAGGAUAUGGACCUCCCCGCGCGAACACUUUCUCAAUCGUUGCCGUGUGUUGAAGCCGUGAUUCAAACUUCUGAGUUUCUGAAGGUCCUAGAAGGUCCAGUUUCAUUGUUCUCUCCUGGUAAGAGUUCUGAUUUCCACUCGCUGAUGUCUUUCCACGAAGCUGUUACAGUCGUUAACGGCGUACGCGACAAAAAAGGCAUUGCAUUAGUGGAAGAAUUUAUAUCAGAAACUAAAGAACAGUUUCAAAAUUUGUUUCCUGAUACACAAUUAAUGCCAGGUGCAAAGAAAUUAAUUGAACAUUUUAAUAAAAAGAAUGUCCCUAUAGGGUUAGCAACUAGUUCAAGUGAAGAAAGUUAUCAUUUAAAAGUGGAUAAGCAUCACUCGUCACUAUUCUCAUUAUUUCCCUACAAAACCUUUGGUUCUUCGGAUCCUGAAGUGAAAAGAGGAAAGCCACAUCCUGAUAUAUUUUUAGUUGCUGCAUGCAAAUUUCCAGACAACCCUAAACCUGAUCAGUGUUUAGUCUUUGAAGAUGCAAUUAAUGGGGUAAAGGCUGCUAGAUCUGCCGGUAUGCAGGUGGUUAUGGUUCCAGAUCAACAAAUGGACAGGAGUCUUACAACAGAGGCAACAUUAGUUCUGGAUAGUUUAGAAGACUUUCAGCCAGAACUCUUUGGAUUACCUCCCUUUGAG